AUGCAGAAAGCGCUAGGUCACCGUGCCGACUUCUUCGACGAUUUCUCUUCGGAAUCAGAAUGGGAGGACAGGAUGAGCAAAACGAUACAGAGUCCGAUUACAAGCGAAGGGCCGGGUCUGAGAGACAUUCCGUACGACAUCCACGCCGACACUGAGAAUGCGCAGCGCGGAAGGAACAGGCAACGCAGCACCAUCACCUCGCUGCCCAGACUCGCAGAUCUUGCAGAUGUCUCUGGCUCUGGAACUGACGAUAGUGGAACCGGUGACGAGCGAGCUUCUGGUCGAGGAACGAAUCACGCGCGAAAGAUGUCUCUGACACGUCUGAACAAGGAUAAUGUGCGCCUGGUGGACAACAGGUCUAUCAGAUCCAGCAUCGACUCGCCGAGACAUUCGCUACGCAGCACCUUGUCUUUGCCGAACUCUCCGCUCAUGGCAUCGGCCAAUUCAGCACCGUUCUCUGCAUCAGGACCUCUAGAGGAUACACUCACCGCGCUACCGCAAAGUCCGACGUUCCGCAGAGAGCACAGGAGGACCGCGUCGUCAAACAGCACAUCAGACAGCGUCCUCGCAGACUCCAUCAUCAACGCCCACGUCAUGACCAUGCGCGCCCUCGAAGCUCUGAGUUCAGACCCGCGUAGUAUAGACCCUCGAGUCAGUAGCGACAUGGCAAACGCAGCAGGUCGCACAUACCUGCACUCCGCCUCCACAACCUCCUGGCCCAAAUCCACCUCUUUCUCCGCAAACCGACACGUCACGCUGUCCCCUCUAUCAACCGGCGAAGACCAAGACGACAGAGCCAGCCGCCACCGCACCGCACAAAUCUACUCCCCAGCCCUCAAACCCCCCAACCCCUUCUCCAUCCCCAACACCGCAACCACUAGCACAGUAUCCUAG